AUGGAGGCUCCUCCUGGUAUCAACCCGAACGAUAGUCGGCAAACACUCAUCAUCGGCGUCACAUCAUUUGUACUCUCAGUCGCCUUCCUCGCCGUAACAAUACGAACAUACACCCGAGUCUUCCUGCUUCGACAGUUCGGUAUCGACGACGGUGCCGCUAUCUUCACUUUUUUCUUAAUAUUUGCCUGUGGCUUCUCUGUUGCGAUAAACACGAGAAAUGGUUUCGGCACGCAUGUCUACUUCCUCAAUGAGGAUCAAAUAAAGUCCUACUUGAGGACUUUCUACAUCACAAUCGUCUUUUACAAUGCCUCGCUUGCCGGCAUCAAGAUGACUUUCCUCUUCCAGUACUGGCGCGUACUUGCCAUCCAAAAGAUGAAGAAGAUUUUUAUCGCCGCGAUGAUUCUCGUCGGAGGCUGGAGCAUCUCACAAAUCCUCGUCGAGAUCUUCAUCUGCACCCCUAUUCCCACUUUCUGGGAUAAGGACGUUAAAGGCACCUGCAUCCCUAACUAUCCCCAAUGGUACAUCAACGCCGCAGGAAACAUCAUCACCGACCUGCUCGUCUUUGUAUUGCCUCUCCCAGUCAUUGGCAACUUGAAGCUCGCUCCUGGCCAGAAGUACGUUCUGAUCGGCAUCUUCUGCCUUGGAUUCUUCACAUGCGCCAUUUCCUUCGUCCGAAUCCGAUUCCUCCAUCAAGCCGAAGACUUUACCUGGGAAAACGUCGAGACAGCCGGUUGGUCUGUCGGCGAACUCUGCUGUGGCCUGACCUGCGCAUGCCUCCCAACAUUCCGCCCCCUCGUAUCGAAGUUCAUCCCCGCUCUUUCAAGCCGCAUCACCAAGUCUUCCAAGUACCAAGGACAAUACGCCUACGGCUCCAGCAGAACAGGUGGCACCUCAAAGCACCGCGAUGUCGAACUUGCCAUCACCCCGCCUCAAGGCAGCACAGGCGGCAGCCCGAACCGCUACUCGAAGCGAAGACCCGAUUCCUCCGAUAGCAAGGCCGAUCUUUAUGGCGCUGCGAGCUACGACCUCAGCCACACCGACUCGAGCCGCGACACGCCGCUGCCGAUCCAAGGCACUAACCAGACGGACAGCGAGAGCGUGCCCUCACCGAUGAUGUUCCGUCAGCAACAACACGAUACGAUAGAUGUUGGUGGAUACGGGGCUGACCAGACUCCGAUGGUGGAAACGCACAUCGAGGCGGGUCGGAGGUAUUCUGGGCCGGUGAGGAAACCGUCAGGCCCGAUUGAAGUCCAGCAUGAUAUUGUGCAGGUUUCAUCACCAAAGGUCGUCGAACCGAAGGGAUUUUCAUGA